UAUUCUUAUCCGCGCUUCUUCACAAUUCUCAUUUCUCUCACUCUCUCUCUCUCUCCUCUCCUCUCCGUAACUUCAAAUUUCGCAGCAAUGGCUUCAGCUACCUCUUAUGUUGUUAGACCUCAGUUAUCCAUCUUUACAAGAAAUCACACUCCGUCUUCAAUUUCCACCGGUAAAUUGUGUCGAUACAAUUCAAUUGCGCUUCCUACUCGAAGAUCUCUCCAGGUGCGUGGUUUAUUUGGAGGCGGAAAGAAAGAGAGUAAUGGUGACGCGAAUGAUAAUAAGGCAGGUAUACUAGGUAACAUGCAAAACUUGUAUGAGACUGUAAAAAAAGCACAGAUGGUAGUCCAGGUUGAGGCGGUACGUGUGCAGAAAGAACUUGCUGUAGCUGAAUUUGAUGGUUACUGUGAAGAUGAACUAGUAAAGGCAACACUGUCUGGCAACCAACAGCCUAUGCGGAUCGAGAUAACUGAAACAGCUAUGGAGUUGGGAGCUGAGAAACUGUCUCUUUUGGUAACCGAGGCCUACAAAGAUGCACAUCAGAAGAGCGUUCAGGCUAUGAAGGAAAGAAUGAACAACCUGGCUCAGAGUCUAGGAAUGCCGCAAGGCCUUAGCGAAGGAUUUAAGUAGAGAAAUAGUCUGUUCGAAGAUGCAAGCAAACAACUUCAAUUUUGCAUAUGAUUGUUAUAAUGAUUAAUAGUCAUAUUAUAUUGUUUUAACUUGCAAAUGUUAAAUAGAUUUCAUGAUGCAUGUCACAGAUUUGUUACAAGAUACACCUUUUUUACAUGGAUUAAAGCAUGCAUCCAAGAUCAAUCUGUUUUUUCU